UCAUGCUGCUGCCAGGUCCCAAGUCUAUCAUGGGUCCCUGUACGGCCUCCCAUUGCUGCUGUCUCCAUCGCCACACUCUGCCAUGUGCCACUUUCAGGUCUCCUCACACUGCUGGUGUGUUCCAUUUUUUGUCAUAGGGUGCUGGCAGAUUACGGGCCUCCCAUAGCUGCUGCCAGGCCCCUAAUCUGCCAUGGGCCCCUAUAACCGCCUCCUCAUGCUGCUGCCAAGUCCAGAGUCUCUCAUGGGUCCCUGUACGGCCUCCCAUUGCUGCUGUCUCCAUCGCCACACUCUGCCAUGUGCCACUUUCAGGUCUCCUCACACUGCUGGUGUGUUCAAUUUUUUG